CUUCCAUAGGAGGGGAGAGGGUGCAAGUCCCUUGAGGGAGGGUCUCAGACUGGGGGAUGGUGGGUCACCGGCUCUGCUCUUCACUCACCCUCACCUCUUUCCUUUCUGCAGGGAUCCGGGACAGCACAGAGUUAAGAGUAAAAUUUGAGUUUAACGCCAAGGAUGGGAUCGAUAACCCGGCUUUGUCGCUGGCGGAGGAUUCUGAGCCAGAGGGAGCGCCCCAGCUGCGGUUCUGUUUCCUGAAGAAAGAGGACGGUGAGAGCUUUGGAUUCUGGUUACGUCAAGAGGCGGGCAACAGUGGCCAUGUCAUCCGGAAGGUGAAGCCAGGGGGCCUGGCCCACCGCCGAGGCCUGAGGGAGGGGGACCGCAUCCUCGAGGUGAAUGGCGCGUGUGUCGAAGGCAUGGAGCACUGGAAGGUGGUCUGGAAGAUCAAGAGCAGCGGAAAACACCUCUUGCUUGCCAUUCUGGAUGGGAACACCUACGACUUGGCUAAAGCCCUCGACCAAGACCUGGCCCGCCUCUUACCCCAUCGCAACAGGCCUCAGCUGUGCUGCAUCGCCAAAGGUCCAAGUGGCUUCGGCUUCACCGUGUCAGCACCAGAAGGUGUGAAGGGCACAUUUCGUGUGUCCGUGCCCAAGGAUGGGCCAGCCCACAAGGCAGGCGUUCCAGAUGGUUCAUGGCUUCUUGAACUCAAUGGGAACUGUGUGGACAGCUGGACCUAUACUCAGCUCAACAAAAAGCUCAAAGCAAGUCGCAGCCCAGUGGGGCUGUUGGUGAUCGACGUGGAGUCGGAGGAAUUUUACCGACAACGGGGCAUGAAAGUCACGGGCGCCAUGGCUGAUGCCUCCCAGGUCCCCUUUGAAGUGAGGAAACUGCCGAUGGUGAAAGGGCCAAAAGGAUAUGGGUUCUUGCUGAAGGAAGAGAAAUGCUGCUCUGGAAAGAAGGGUCAGUUUCUGCAGGUGGAUGUCGGGUUGCCAGCUGAGAAGGCGGGGAUGAGAAAUGGUGAUCGUCUCCUGGCUGUGAAUGGUGAGAGCACUGAAGACCUGGACCACCAGGAGGUGGUGUUGCGGAUCCGGGCAUAUAGCAACUGGGUGACGCUGCUGGUUAUUGACGCAGAAGGGAGCAAGUUCUAUGACUCGGUUCGAUUAUCACCUCUCCCUUUCUAUGACGACCAGGACCCUCCAUCCAGUUUGCACAUCCCUGAUGCUUCCUCUUCUCCCAGCAUGCUUCAGGAAAACAACAGCCCUGCCUGGCCACCCUGUCGCUGCCAUCUCAGGAUGGGCCUCCAUGGGAAUGGACUCCAACUGGACCUGUCUGGCGAUGAUUCACAGAGCCAGCAAGAUGGAGUUAGUGAGGCUGCAUUCUAGGACCUAUCUGAUCACCAUCACCACGACUGAUCCCUAAUCCCAGCUCUUCACAGGCUCUCGUUUGUGGGGAAAGUGAGCACCUUUGCACAGACUGUAUUCCUGUAUUUGUUUGGACAACCUGAUUCUUCCUGUCACGCUGUUGCCUUGUUAAUUAGUCCAUCCUCGAUUCUCAAAAUGCUUCCCAUGGAUCUCUGCAACAGGGCGGUGGACUCAAGUAUGUUGAAAAGCCGUAUAUGAAUAUCCAUAAUAAUGAAGCCAAGUGAAAUCGGAGGAAGAACCUCUUCUCAAACCCACAAGAGCUAAGCGGAUAGCAUCCUUUGGGCUGCUCUGGGUAGGACUCCAAACAGAGGUGCACCUAGGUAAUUUUGGAGCUUGGACCUAAAGGCCUUUGGAGGCCACCCCUCUGCAAGUUAAGCAUCAUGGUUUAACACAUAGGUUCUUGAGGGCACAAACCACACCACCCAGGACAGGCUAAAGACCAGGGGGUGUGGAGGCCCUGGACUUCAGCCCCAGAGUCCAUGGGGAAGAGCACCUCUCUGACUCCAAACUCCUCAGAGGCUGGAACACCCAUUUGGCUUUGCACAGAUGACCAUCUCUCCUCAGUUGUUUUUGCCUUCACUGUGAAGGGUAAAAGCUCAGACAUGUGAAGUUACACUGUGUUCUACUUCCAUUUUUCAUUUUCUUUUUUUAAAGAAUGGAUGUGGGGCAUGGAAAGAUAGAGAUUUGGACUGCAACAUGGUGUGGGUGUUAACCCUUUCCUUCCAUGUCAUUUUCUAGUUAAAAAUAAGUCUCCUCAGAAGCUACUGGUUAUACCUGCAGCAGCCUCCUUUCUAGGGGCAAACAGCUGUUUUAGGGUGUGUGUGUGUGUGAUUUUUUUUGGGAACACAGCAUAGCAGGAAGGGGUUAAACCCCUGGCUCCUGCUGUCCUGCUCAGGUUCUCUCCACCACCCUCUCCCCACAUUAAAAUGCAAUUUGAUUUUUUUUUUAAAGGAACUCUCAACAAUAUUUUUAAUUGCACAAAAAAGAAAAACUAAAAGCUUCAACAAAACAUUUCUGGUGUAACACACCAUCCUCAGUUAAACAAGCAAAUGAGAGAUGAGAACCUCCUCCGUUCCUCAGCUGUUACAUUCCUUAGACAUGAUAACACUCUGUUCCAUGAAUGGGGGGGGAGGGGAAUUACCCAAUUCUUCUUAGAGCCUAAUAAACUUUAUGGCAUCGGCCAACACCUCCUGA